CACAACGGAAAUACGCAUGCGCGAAAAAAAUAGGUCGCGCUACCGUUUUUAUGUCAGAACAGUAGUUAGGAACGAAGCUAGGUGGAAAUAUUUAGGGAUUAUUCAUGAGGUGUGCUUGCAAUAUUAUUGUAUAAAUAGUGUCACGUAAUUAUACUUAUAACAUUAAAUCAUCUAGAAAAUGAUUUUAUAACCUAGCGAACUGAAUGUAGCAUUUGAGCAGGACAGGCUAACAACAUCGGCUAGCAUUAGCAUCAUUAGCAGGAAGAGGCCGCACCGGCUAGCACUCAUUUUGGUGAAGAGCGGUUUCCUCCGGACCACAGAUGGACGGAGAGGAGGAUUUUUCAGGAACUCACUCAGAUGAUGGUAGUGCCACACCAGUGCAGGAUGAACAUGCGCUGGCAUCCGAUGCUGAAGAAGAGAGGGUAGAAUCACACCACUCUGAGGAUGAGGGCAGUGACAGAGAAGGUCCCGCCUCCAGUCCAGCGGCUCCUGCAGAAGACAGUGAAUCAGAACAUGAGGACAGAACAGGAGGAGCAGCCAGUAGUGGCCACGACGACGAUGAUGAUGGUGAAGAAGCCUUCUCUAGCAAGAGAAGGGGAAGCACGUCGGAGACAGAGGAUCAGCACAAAGAGCCUGACAGCGAAUCAGAACACGGGGAGCCGCCAAAGGGGCAGAGCCAUCACUCAGACUCUGAUGAAUCCGAUAGCGAGAAGGUGAAACAGAGAGACUCUGACGGAGAGGAACAGAGGGAAGACGACAGAGAGCGGAGGAAAGCUGUGAUACACUCUGACAGUGAGGAAGAGGAGGACAAGAAACCCAAAAAUGAAGCAGGAAGUGAGCAGGAAGAUGGGCCAGCUCAGCGUGUCCACUCUGACAGCGACGAUGAAGACGAGAAGCCAGUGAAGAGGAAGAAAGCAAUUCUGUCUGACAGUGAGGAUGAAGACGAACCAAAAGUGAAGAAAAGCAGGGCCGUGUCAGAUGAUGAAGAUUCUGGUAGUGAGCAAGGCUCUGAAGCUCCUGAUAAGACGGUUGUUGCGAAACUUAGAGAACUCGGCUCAGACAGCGAGGAUGAGGAGGAGAGCACGAAGAGGGACACAGGGAAAAAAGAUGAGAAGACGCUGUUUGGCAGUGACAGUGAAUCAGAAAAUGAUGCAGAAGAAAAAAUGAUAGCAGACAUCUUUGGAGAGUCUGGUGAAGAGGAGGAUGAGGAGUUUACGGGUUUUAACCAGGAGGAGUUGGAGGGGGAGAAACAGCAGUCUCAUGCUGCAGGAAAGAAGAUAGCGAUGGACGACUCGGACUCGGAUGAUGUGGACAGAGGAAAAGAUAUGUCAUUCAUGUCUGAUUUCGACAUCAUGCUAGCGAAAAGGAAAGCUCAAAGCGGCAAGCGGAGGCGGCACCGAGACGGGGGAACGUUCAUCAGUGACGCGGAUGAUGUGGUCAGCGCAAUGAUCAGCAAGAUGAACGAAGCAGCUGAGGAGGAUCGCACUCUGAACAGUCAGAAAAAGCCGGCGCUGAAAAAGCUGACACUUCUGCCCACUGUUGUUAUGCAUUUAAAAAAGCAGGAUCUGAAGGAGACGUUUAUAGACAGUGGUGUGAUGACAGCGAUAAAAGAGUGGAUCAGUCCUCUUCCUGAUAAGAGUCUGCCGGCCCUGAGGAUCAGGGAGGAGCUGCUGAAGAUCCUGCAAGAGUUGCCCAGUGUGAGUCAGGAGACCCUGAAAAUGAGUGGAAUCGGCAGAGCCGUCAUGUUCCUCUACAAACACCCCAAAGAGUCACGAUCCAACAAAGACCUCGCUCUCAAACUUAUCAAUGAAUGGUCAAGGCCCAUCUUUGGCUUGUCUUCUAAUUAUAAAUGCAUGACGAGGGAGGAAAGGCAGCAGAGAGACCUUGAUCAGCAGAUUGCUCCACGCAGAAGACUCAGAGAGCCUCAGAAGGUUGAGAGAGAGGAGGAGCCUGAUGUCUUUGGGCCCCAGCUAAGCUCAGGAGGGCAGACCCCUCGCAGAGAUCUGGAGAAAGUGUUAACAGGAGAGGAGAAAGCACUGCGGCCUGGUGACCCUGGGUUCUGUGCGAGAGCACGUGUACCAAUGCCCUCUAAUAAAGACUAUGUGGUGCGACCCAAGUGGAAUGUGGAGACGGAUUCAAACCGGGGACCUGUAAGAAAGAGUUUAUCACGUGUAGAUAAACAGAUGCGACGCUUCGCUGAUAUCCGCCGCCUCACGAAGACGGGUCAUGCAGUCAAGAUCAGCGUCGAGGGCAACCGUAUGCCACUCUGAUUUCUUGUACGCAUCACUUCCUGUCUGUUUUUGUGUUUCUACUUUGGCGUAUGUGUGGAAGUGCGACACUGCUGUAGGAGGAGGAGGUCGUCGCUGCACGUCUGUAAUAUAGCUGUAAUAACGUGUGUAACGUGAACCUACCAUGUUCAGUUGUAACUUUCAUAAUAAAGACUUUCCAAAUCUUUUUCUUUUA